AUGGUCUCUCUCGAUGUCAUACAGUCUUCCAACGACCGCAUUAGGUCUGCCCUCCCCGUCGGUCUUGUCGCAGUCUUCGUCGGAGGCACCAAUGGAGCUGGGGAAACGACAGUGAGGCAGUUCGCAAAGUACACAGCUCAGCCACGAGUCUAUAUUGUCGGGUGCUCUCAGGAGGCCGGCGACCGCAUCACGGCCGAGUGUAAGGAGCUCAACCCCGAAGGCACCUUCGUCUUUCUUCAGCGAGAAACAAGCCUCAUGCGCAACGUGGACCAGAUAUGCAAGGAACUCGCCAGCAAAGAGGACGUCAUCACCCUGUUAUGCCUAACCGUCGGCACCCUGCAACUCAGCUUCAAAACCGAAGAAGGACUCAACUACCCUACCGCCCUAACAGUACACGGCCACAACCGCUUCAUCUCAAACCUUCUCCCUCUAAUCCGCCGCGGGAAAGGCUUACGUCGCGUUGUCACUACCUUCAUGGCGACCUUCGAGGGUCCAAUCGACAUGGCCGACUUCCAGGGCUGGAAUCUCGGCCGUAUGGCGUUCGCAGGCCAUAAAGCCUCCGUCACGACUCUAGCCCUCGAGGCGCACCACAAGGCGGCGCCCGAGGUCGCCUUCUUGCACAACUUCCCCGGCGCCGUGGAGUCUGGCAUCGCGCGCGGCUCGAUCGGCGGGCUGAUGCGCUUCCUGAAGACAGUGUGGGGAGUGCUUGGCCCGCUGGUGCAUAUAUCGCUGGUGGAAGCGGGGGAUCGCCAUUUGUUUUUCUGUACUAGUGCGCGCUUUUCUGCGGGGCCUGAAGAUGAGGCGGCUGGUGUGCCGUUGGUUGACGGGCUGGCCUUUGCGAGGGGGACUGACGGCCAGGUUGGGAGCGGCGUGUAUUCGAUUGAUGAGAAGGGGGAGAGCGCGGGGGCCAAGGUUGAGAAGUUGCUCGUUCAGCUCCGGAAUCAGGGGAUGGUUGAGCGGUUAAUAGAGAACGUCGAGGCUGAUAUCAACGGCACCCUGGCCUCAGGCAAGGACAGCUAGGAGAUCGACUAUUCGGGAUAGCGCAGAUCUGGUGGCAGCGAGAUGGAAGAACAUGGGUGCGGAUAUAGGGGUACACUACAGGGUACUCGCGAGCCAAUCGAAGCUUUUCCAAUAUAUAGAUUCUAUGCCGU